UCCACCUCGGCUCUGUCCAAAUAGAACGUGAACUACUGCUGUUAGCUGUCGGUCUGUUGGUGCGUCGCUCGGUGCUAAAACUUCAUGUUGUUUUUUUAGCCACUCGUCCAUUUAAAGUAGACUAUUUUAUCGAAGAAUGAGUGAUAACGAUGACAUCGAAGUCGAUAGUGACGAAGAAUCACCGAGAUAUCACUCUGUGGCAGACAAACGGGCACACCACAAUGCGCUGGAGCGCAAACGUAGGGACCACAUCAAAGACAGCUUUCACAGCCUCCGAGACUCGGUACCCGCCCUGCAGGGAGAAAAGGUUGGUAAAGCUCAGCCACAGUCUACCAAACAGGCGUCUCGAGCUCAAAUCCUAGACAAAGCCACAGAAUACAUCCAGUACAUGAGGCGAAAAAACCACACACACCAGCAGGACAUCGACGACCUGAAGAGGCAGAACGCACUGCUGGAGCAACAAGUCCGUGCUCUGGAGAAAGUAAAGGGCUCAGUGCAGCUCCAGGCUAGCUACUCGUCAUCCGACAGCAGCCUUUACACCAACCCCAAAGGCAGCGCCGUGUCGGCGUUCGACGGCGGGUCUGACUCCAGCUCUGAGUCAGAGACCGAGGAGCCAACCAACAGGAAGAAGCUUCGCGUGGAGGCCAGCUAGAAAGCCGACCGUGGCUAAAACCCGGCCAAGGUGGAGGCGGUGGGGCACAGGGGAGGGUGAGAGGAAUCGGCCUUCAAUGCUCUUGAAGCUCAUCAACCCUUCCUCUCCAUGUCAAUGACAACAGCAGCCCCUGCUUUCCUCACCGUCCUUGUUCUUCUCUCCUCCAUCUCUGGUUGGGCUUGCACUGGAGACUCGUGUCCCCUGAAAUGUCCCCACACCACCGCCACAAUCGUCUGUCCUUCCAGCUGAUCUUUAUCGACUGGGGAGAAGAAGCAAGCAGGGGGGGAAGACGACUGUUUCAGUCUAUCUAGAGAGCUUCAGGUCCAACCCGCCCCCGACUUUCCCACCCCUCUUUGUUUUUUGUUUUUUUUCUGGUUCUCCAUCAGCGUGUCCUUAGCAACAACAAUCCAAAACUCAAAAAGAGGCAGCUUGGCUAUUUAAGGACUUGAUGCUUUUUUUGUACCCUCAAUAAGCCCCGCCCCCUCUUCUCCAGGUAAAUGUUUGGGGCAGAAGGGGGAACCAGGUGUACUCUUCUAAGCACUGCUUUAUAAUAUAUAUAUAUUUCAUUUUGUUUAUUUUUGUUAUUCUUAAGAAAAACCUGUUUAGAAUUGACACACACACCUAGAUAAAUGGUCCUGGAACAGUUCACCUUUUUAAAAUAAAAACAUUCAAACAUUUGUAGAUUACUUUUUCCACUAAGGAAUGUAAAGAUGCUUUAAGCAAAUGUUAGUGAAACCCACCUCUGGCCCACUGGAUUGCAGAUGUUUUCUGCCUGACAUGUUUUACCACAAGAUAAAAAAAAAAAAGAGAACUCAUUUUGUUGGAAUUGAUGUUUUGAAGGAAAAUAUUCCUGAAUUUGUAUCGUAUUUUGUCCUUUUGCUUGAAGUAGUGAAUGACUUUAGGUGGCUGAAUACGUUUGACAUCUCGUUAUUUUAUUAUACAAGCAUUGAUUGGGUGUUUUUCAAGGUUUUCCCUAAGUAUUUUAUGCAUUUUGUAGUUGUCACAAAAGUCCAGGAGAAAAAAAAAGCCACUUUGUCACAGUUUUCUUUAAGGGUAUGAGAUAGGCAUUGAAUGUCAAAGGUAGCUCCUGAUGUUUGCAGUACAAGGAGUUGAGAUGAGUUCCUGUCCAUGUGUUGUGCUUUACACAGUUAAAAACAAUGUUGCUGAACCCCCCCCCUAAGGAAAAAAGGAAGCAUUUUGAGUCUCUAGGAAAAGUGUGUGUAUGUAUAUUGUUUCCAUUUUAUUUCCAGUUAGGAGGAUAUAAUUAGUGUAGUAGGUCUUUGUCUGAUUCCAUUCCAUGGAAAUUACAGGUAUGUUGUACAUACUGCCAACAAUUGUCUUGCAAGUUGAGGCCUACCUUUACAAUAAGACUAUAAAAUAAACUAUUUUAUCCUUUAA